GACCCAUCGAUCCUGCAUAGUCACGUGAUGUUGCUUCGCAACCAGUUGAAGCUCAGAAAACUGCCGAAACUUGACCAGUGAGCAAAGAGAUCUGAAGCAGUUGUCAGAACUACGGGAUCGAGAUGAAUUCAAACCAAAGUGAAAUAAGCCAAAACUCCUAUCCCGAUGAAGCUUUGAGACGAUGAUUUCAUAAAAAGCUUCAAAACAGCCAUCUAAAGACUGAUUUCUUAUUGUAUGACUGACCUACAGUGAAAAAAAUAUGGUUCUCAAAGAAAUUCCUGACCGUUAUCUGGGGAUGAUUAUCCAUUUUUUGAUGAAUUUUCACAAUGACACUUCAGAAUUCAGACGACCUCAUUUAAGAAAAUCCUUCAAAAAUUCGUACAAAUUUUUUCUAUUUAUGUACGGAAUUUUAACAGUGGCAGGUUUCAUUUCCAAUCUUUUACUACUUCGAAAACUUUUCAUUCGUCGACAUUAUAAAAUUUCGAUGUAUAAAUAUUUGGCAUUUAAUGCAUUGAAUGAUGUUGUGAAGUGCGUCGUCGUUUUACCUCUGGCUUUGUCAACUACCCUCAUUCAGAACUGGGUAUAUGGAAGCUUCUUUUGCUAUCUGUUUCCCAUGCUACAAGAUAUUCCAUUUCACGCCACCAUGCUCACUUUCCUGCUCACAGCAUUUGAUCGCUACCGUCAAACUGUCUAUCCUCUCAAGCAACCUGUCCCUGUGUUUUUGUCUAUGGUUGGCGUUUGGACUGCAACAGUUUUCGCUGUUUUACCAUAUGCAGUAUACACUAGAUAUUUAGAUUUGGAAAUUUAUUUUGGAGCGCAGUUUAAGGGAACUGGUAUUUGUGCAAUAAAUGUAGACGAUAAUAUUGAAGAGUAUAUUCGAGGUUUAUUUAUAAUAAUGUAUGUUUUACCAUUGGGACUUCUGGCAUUCCUUCAUAUCAAAACUUCAGAAGAAAUCAAGUCUCGACAAAUGGCUUAUACUGUAUCAUUUCAUGAUGUUAGCCUUCCAAGAUCGCAUGAAAAUGAUUCCGUCAGAUCACUUCGACCGAAUAUAAUACAAGACGAAAAUCCGAGACCUGCCACUUUAGCGGUGCCAGAUGAGUUCCCAAUUGCAUGCCAAAGGUUCGAUUCUCCCCAAGAACGAGUUUUGCAUUUUUCUACUGAUACCAUAAAUAGUGAUGAAAAAGACUGGGCUUUAGAAAAGCAAAUGCAGUCUUUCCUGGCAACAGCAGUCACUACAUACGCAAUUUGUCUCUUGCCGCUGAAUCUUGUACGUCUAUUGAAACAUGUUGUCUAUGAAACGUAUGAAAACAGCUUCCAUUUCGACAUCUCCUUCAUUACAGUUGUUUGGCUAGCUUUCGUACCAACAGUAUCUACACCUGUAAUUUUUUUACUAUGGCAACAUUCAGGCGUACAUCAGUCCAGCAUAAGUCGAUAUCUGAGACUAGGUAGAUCAUCCGAUGUCUCAGGUUCUGUAUAUAACAUAGAAAAGAAGAACUCUUUCGUAGAAAAACCAGCGAAUGAGAGCAAUACUAUUUAAGUACGCAGAAAGAAGUUUUGCUGAUAAUGCAUACAAAGUUGCAAGAUAUUUGACUCGGUGUCUGGAAAAAUAAUCAUAGAAGUAGAAAUGAAUACACACAACACAGAUACACAUGGAUCAUUUAUAAAAAUUUCAGAUUCAAAAAAAAUAUAAUUCUCAGAUUG